UUACAGAGCUGCCUCCUCUGUUCCUAGGGCAGCAGGGACGAUGUGAGCAGCUUUGUGGACCCAGGGCUGGCACUCCAGGAUGCACAGGAUCUGUAUGCUGCGGGGGAGAAGAUUCGCGGGACUGACGAGAUGAAAUUCAUCACCAUCCUGUGCACGCGUAGUGCCACUCACCUGAUGAGAGUGUUUGAGGAAUAUGAGAAAAUCGCCAACAAGAGCAUCGAGGACAGCAUCAAGAGUGAGACCCACGGCUCACUGGAGGAGGCCAUGCUCACCGUGGUGAAAUGCACCCGGAACCUCCACAGCUACUUUGCAGAGAGACUCUACUACGCUAUGAAGGGAGCAGGGACGCGUGACGGGACCCUGAUAAGGAACAUCGUUUCAAGGAGCGAGAUUGACCUAAAUCUUAUCAAGUAUCAGUUCAAGAAGAUGUACGGCAAGACGCUCAGCAGCAUGAUCAUGGAAGACACCAGUGGUGACUACAAGAAUGCCCUGCUGAGCCUGGUGGGCAGCGACCCCUGA